AUGGGCUCAUCUACGAGAUCCUUUAUCUCCCGGACAGCAUUUAGCCUAAGCAGGAGAGGAAGUGGAGAUGGUGCAGAGCGAGACUCGCGAGAGGCCAAAGGCCCCUUGGGACUCACCACUCUCUACGUCCCAACUGAAGAGGAAGCCCCUGUGGCAGAUAUAAUUUUUGUUCAUGGUUUGAACGGCGGCUCGUACAGCACUUGGAGUAGAGGAAACGACCCCGAUCGGUUCUGGCCACGCCACUGGCUUCCACAUGACGGGGCCUUCAAAGAUGUACGCAUUCAUACUUUCGGCUAUCCGUCCGGCGCCACGCGAGAGUCCAUCAUCAAUGUUUCCGACGUGGCGCGGUCCCUCCUUGCUGCUGUCAACGACUCCCCAGUGAUGAACAGAGGGGAACAGCCACGGCUGAUUUUCGUCGCUCAUAGUAUGGGGGGGCUCGUUGUCAAGAGGGCGUGUAUCCUUGGAUCCAGGGAACUGGAAUUCAAACCAGUUGUCGACCGCGUCUGCUCGAUAUUCUUCCUGGCCACUCCGCAUCAGGGCGCCGCCAUUGCACAGACCAUCUCCCGGUUGGCGGCCAUCGUUGGGUUCCGCCCGUUUGUCGAGGAUCUCUCCCCGCAGUCGGCCCUGAUUCAGAGCAUUACCGAGGACUUUCCGCGCGUCUGUGGCAAUCUACAGCUGUUCUCCUUCUACGAAACGCGGCCCAUGAGUGUCGGGGUCAGCAGGAUGCUCAUCGUCGACAAGUCUAGCGCCGUAAUGAACCUUGCCAAUGAACGGCGGACGUUCCUCGAUGCAGAUCACCGCAAUGUGGCCAUGUACUCGACACCAGAGGAUCCAUCCUAUGUAUCGGUCCGGAAUGCCCUGGCAACGGUUAUCUCCUACACCAUUUCCGAGCAGGAUACCUUGCAGGACAUUUCGCUCUUGCUCAAUGAAAACCUUUCUCACCUCCCGUGUCCAAGGUCCGACAGAUGGCCUUCGCGCGAAGCUAUUGCCUCUCAAAUCCUCGAGAGGUCAGAGGGCUGCUUCUUGUGGGCUUCCAUCAUAUGCUCAGAGCUGCGGCAGGUGACAAGCGAGAGAGAAAUUACCAAAGUCAUGGAGAGCACACCAUCCAACAUGGAUGCUGUCUAUCGAGAUAUUCUCGCAAAGAUGGAAACAGCUCGAUUUGGCAAGGCGGCGGCGAAAGCCUUCAUCGCGUGGACGACUUACGCUUUUCGGCCGCUCAGUGUAGCCGAGAUCCAGACUGCCAUCGAGAUGGAUAUCAGUGACAAAAUAGACAAUGUUCAUCGCGCCAUCUCGAAAUGCUGCGGGAGCCUUGUUUACGUGGAUCAGCACGAAAGAGUCCAACUUGUACAUUCGACCGCUCGCGAAUUUUUGACCAGAAAAGGAUCAGACUCCGAGUUUAUCCUGACGAAAGCGGAUGGACAUCGUCGCCUGGCCAUUGUGUGCCUCAAGUUUCUUUUCCAGCAUUUGAACCAGGCCCACUCGAACGACGAAGAACUACUCGCCAUGCUCUCCGACUUUCUGGCAAGCAACAACUUCCUUUGUUGGAUCGAAUCCACCGCCAGCAACGGGGACUUGCACACCAUCUACCAGGCCGGCAAGACCAUCAACGCAAUCCUCAACCGCAGGGCACAACACUCCCCGCCUACCAGCCUUGCGCAGACACAAGAGAAAUUUGCGCUCCUGGGAAAAUGGGGAGAUGAUUUAAUACAUUUGGUCACCAACUUCUCAGGGUGGCUAAGACGAUUCCCGAGGGCAAUUCAUCAUCUCAUCCCACCCUUCUGCCCUCCGGACUCGGCGAUCCGCCAGCAGUUCACUACACCUUUUCGGGGUCUCCAUGUGCAAGGCCUCCCUUCGCGCGGGUGGAACGACUGCCUCACGACAAUCAACUAUGCCGAAGGCUCCCAACCUGAGACUGUGGCUGCUGGACCAGGUUAUUUUGCAGUUGGUAUGCUGAGCAUGGACGGGCAAAUUUUUGUCUACGACGACACUAUCUUCCAGGAACUUCAUGUCCUCAAUCACCGCGAGCCAGUUUGGUGUUUGGCUUUCUCAGGAAGUGGGAGACUUCUCGCCUCUGCCGGGGCCAAAAGCGUCCGAAUCUGGUCUUCGGCUGACGGUUCAGAGGUGUCCUCCUUCAGCAUAUCCUCCUUGUGUUUAAACCUCGGCUUCGUCGAAGAAGAUGCAAUCUUGCGAGUAGCAACCAGGGAGAACCGCUUGGUCGAGUGGGACGUCGAGGAACGAGGCUUCAUUGACCAAGAUGGAUUAACAUGGACCACGGACUUGCCAGAUAGGAUGCAGAUGAGAGUUCCAAUGUUAGUGGAGCUCAACUUGUCGACGCACCUCGUGGCCGUGCUGUACCGCGGCGAAGAUAUCGUCUUCUGGGACUGCGUCAACAACAGGAUCUACGACAUGUACGAGAAGAACACCGGAUCGAUACAGAUGUACGGCCGCCAGAAGCUCGCCGAUGGCUCCACCACUGUCCGUGCCGCUGCGUUCGGCCACACCUUGAGCACAUGCCUGUUCGCAGCCACCUACGCAGAUGGAGACCUUGUUGUAUAUGACGUCGAAAGAGGCGAGGCGAUUGCUCUCGUUGAGAGCGCAAACACUCUGGCCUUGGCUGCAUCACCAGACGGCCGGACGCUCGCGGGAGCCGAUUCGAUUGGGAACUUCACCCUUUUCGACUUCGAGACCCUCCGACCAUUGUACCGCGUCCGCUUUGACACACUGAUCCUUCCCAGCGCGCUUUGCUUCACAUCGGACAGUUUGCGCUUCAUCGAGAUCCGCGAAGACCAAUGCCGCGUUUGGGAGCCCGCCGUUCUUCUUCGCCCAGAUGCCAUGCAAGAUGACGAAAACAGCGGCACCGUUUCCGAGUCCACGGGGCUUCAGGAGGUCGAUCAUCGCAUAAUCCUCCGAACGGUUCCGGAAAUCUGCGCCAUCACUUGCUCGCAGGAGUUAAGCUUGGUGUUCUGCGGGUUUGAGGACGGAUCCGUCGUUGCCUACGACGUGUCCGGAUUGGAGCCCGAAAAACAGCUGCUCUUCGUCCAUCACAUCCAUUGUCGCGCCCACUUACUUUAUUUCGACGACCGCGAAUCGAUUCUCGCCUGCGGUGACAGUUCAGGGCGAUUCUCGGCAAGGAGGAUCUCACGCGCAAUGAGCGCACGACAGCAGAAAACAUGGGAGCUUGGCACACGACAAGAGAAAACCUGGGAGCUCGGCCCAGUGUUGAUCGACGGUCAAAUCCCAGGCGGUGGCACUGGAUUGUUGAGGCAAGUCCUCGUGUCAUCGAAGCAUGGGAGGCUUUUGACGAGCACCGAGGAGCAUGACACAUUGUGGCCGAUGCCGGAGCAAGGGGAAGGGGUCUGGGUCUGCCAAAUCGAGUCCGAAAACCGUUCAAUCCGUUCCCCUUGGAUGUCCAGGCCGGGCUCGAAAUCCGACUUGCUGCUCGUCUUUGGCCAAACGGGCUGUGAAAUAAAGCUAUACGACUGGGGAACGUUGAGCAUACUCCGAGUAGUGUCAUUGUCACUCGAUCCCGACACAAGCCUGAGCCGCGUUUUUCUUCUAUCCCAUCGACAUUACUUCGCCACGUACGCAACGAAAUCGUCAAAGCCCAAAGGCGAGGUUCUCGCAUCCAGAAAGCAUGAAGUGAUGGAUGAGAUUCUGCUAUGGGCUUAUCAGGAGCUUGAUAACGAUUCGAAGACCGCUCGCCCACGUCACGUCCUCGGCUCAUUGCCAGUCCAGGUGGAGAAUCUCAUCGGUGCUUUCGGAAAUCGGCUCGUCCUUUACACUGCAGACCAUUGGAUCGCAUCCGUCGAGCUUCAGGCCCCUGGUUUGUCUGGCGGUGCGGCCGAUGCCGUGGUCGGCGGUUCUUUCGUGCGGCAUUUCUUUUUGCCCAAUGACUGGAUCGGCUCCAUGAUUGAGGGAAACAUGAUCUCUGCCGUUGGCCGAGGAGGCGAGAUCCUGCUCGCUCGGCGAUACGACUUGGGUGUGAUCAAGCGAGGACUAGAGGUCACUGAGGAUGGUGGGACUCUUCACUCACGACGGGCAAACCAUAGCAUCUGGCCACAAUCUGGAGGAAGGUUGGCCUAUCGGCACCGGGCGUCUUCAUCUACGUCUUGA